ACAAAUCAACAAAUUAAAAAAAUCAGUUAUUAAAUCAAACAACAAUAAAAAUCAUCAAAAAAUUAUAGACUUAGAAGAAUAAGAAGAAUAAGAAGAAGAAGAUAAACAAAACAUGUCGUCCAGUAGUAGUAGUAGUAACUAUCAGCAGAAUUAUCUUUGGGAAAUGAAUCCAAACUUUUCGGUGGCUAAUCCGGGAGACGAUACCCGAAAAUAUCAGAACGAAUACACACAGAAAGAAGAGUUAGGCAAAGGCGGGUUCGGUAUAGUCACCCGUUGUAUACAUAAGGGAAGGAAUCUGGAAUUGGCCGCUAAGAUCAACAACGCGGCCGACAAAAAGCGUGCCCAGGAGGACGAACGCGAUAUCUGUAUGGCAUUGUCGGCUCACGGCCAUCUAAAUCUGGUCAAUCUGUUCGAUUCGAUUACCGAAGGCGAUGUUGUCUACAAUAUGUACGAAUUGGCCACUGGCGGCGAUCUGAUGCAAGAGAUUACUCGUAAAGAGUAUCUGAAUAUCGAUGAGGCGGCCAUUGCUAUCUGCCAGAUACUCGAUGGUGUCAAUCAUAUGCACGAUAGAGGCUAUUUGCAUCGGGAUCUCAAGCCGCACAACGUACUCGUCCAGUACAAGGGCGUACAGAUCUACAAGAUUGCCGACUUUGGUCUCAGCUGUCGCCGACUACUGCAAGGCCUGGCCUAUGUACGGCACAAUCAUGGCCGUGCCGGUACUGUUAUGUAUCAGCCGCCCGAAGCUAUCAAUCAUAAUCCCUAUGAUACCGAUUUUGAUAUCUGGAGUUGUGGUGUCAUACUAUACCAAAUGUUGGCCGGUUAUGCACCGUUCUGGGAGACCUCCAAUCCGGAUAUGCUUGCAAAGAUCAGUGCCGUUGACUUUGAGUAUGCAAAUCCCGAAUGGUCCAACAUGGAUGAGCCCAAACAGAUGAUCAAUGUUAUGAUAGCUGCCUUACAAAAUCGGUUCAAUUAUCAACAAAUUGUGGCAUUGCCAAUGUAUAUAAGAGGCAGACACCAAGCGCUGACACAUCCGCCAAAAACCAAUGUCCUCAAGCAAUACAUUGCCCGCAAACAGUUGAAAAAAGAUUUGCUCCGAACAGAGGCCGCCCGCAGGGCUGCCACUCAGGCACAACAGGCACAACAGGCCGGCGCUGCCGGCGGGCCUUAAAAAAAACGGACGGACGGCGCCCCCACUCCACCCCAACCCCCGCCUAAACAACCGCAAACUGUUUUAUCUUCAUUCAUACCAUCACCACCACAGCAACACCCAAGUGGUAGUAGUAGUUGUCUUCAAUCGUUCAGUUUUUUUGGGGGUCAAUCAAUUCAAUCUUUUUUAAAAAAAACAAAUAUCCAAUAAUUAUUAUUAUUAUUAAAAAUCAAUAAAU